AUGCCGAACGAUGAUCCCAAUGAUUCCUGGCACCACCCCAAGUCUACUGCCGGAAAGGGAUGGGUCAAAACAUGGCGCAAGAUCUACCACCCCCUCGGAUUCAAGAAAGGGUACAAUUUCCCACUUUUCGUCAUAUGUGUUGGCAUCUUGAUGUACUUUGUGCUCUCAAGAUUCAAGUACUUGGAUUUCGACGGCGUUUUCCUCAAGGAAGCAAUUCCUGGUGACGCCACCCACUAUCUUUCAGGACAUAUGCGUAUCGGCAUGAUGCUACACCUCGGAGCUAUUCUACCAGCGGGGUUGCUGGCGUGCUUUCAAUUCGUCCCAGUUAUCCGUCACAAAAUCAUAAUGUUCCACCGGCUCAAUGGAUACGUGGUCAUUCUACUAUUCCUGGUCGCCAAUGCGGGUGCUUAUAUGAUCACUCCAGAGGCCGCUGGAGGAUCUCCAGCUACGCAAGUUGGUCUCGGCACGCUUGCGACGGCAACAACGGUGACCAUUACACUAUCUUACAUCAAUAUUAAACGCCUGCAGAUUGACCAGCAUCGCGCUUGGAUGUUACGCACGUGGUUCUAUGCAGGUAGCAUUAUCACCUUGCGUGUGAUUCUGAUGGCAGCGAACACUUGGAUCACAGAGCAUCCUGAAGGCAACUGGUACACUGUCCAAACCUGCUCCCUGAUCUGGAAGCAGUACGUGGUGUACGGCGCUCCUGACGGAGAAGGAAACCCCGUGCUAGAGAUUUAUCCCCAGUGUCUCAAUGGGAGUUCGACGGUUCCUGUCAUUGUAAAGGCCGACAACAAUGGCCCGGGGCCAGAGUACUCCACCGCGGCGUUUCAUCUCACCUUUGGUAUGAGCGUCUGGCUCGCGUUCAUAAUCCAUGCGAUCGCCGUUGAGCUAUACUUGGCAUUGACACCUGCUGAGAGUGAAAGGUUGAGGGUGGUCAGUUAUGAGAGACAGUUGAAAGCCGGGCUCCGAAAUCCAGGCCGCUCCGGCUUGACGGUCGACAGGUUGGGCGAUGCUCCUACCUGGAAACGAUUGAACGAUGACAUGGAAAUGGAUUCGAAUCACUAG